ACUGUAUACCAUGUCAUUCAGUUUAUCCAUUGCUGCCAAGGCUCAAUUUGUGGCCUACCCAGUAUUGAUCGCUGUUGGAUUCAUCAACUCCAGUGAUUCCACUGUGUCAAUCCCUAUUGAAUUUGUUGACGACAAGUCCGUUGAUCCAAAAGAUGCCAAUGCCAGUUUCAAAUUAGUCACCCCAACUGAAUCCUUCACUGAGCAAGCCUCUGCUCUUGAGUUCUUAUCCAAGCAAUUCCCAGAUGUUUUGCCUGGCCCAGACGGCGUUUCCACCUGGAUCAAGUUCGCCAUUGACAAAUUAUACAUCAAGAACUUCAAGGUCUUGUUGGUCGACUUGGAAAAAUUGGACGCCCACCUCAACUUGCGUUCCUUCAUGGUUGGCUUCAACUAUUCCAUCGCCGAUAUUACUGUGUGGUCCGUUCUCCGUGCCAAUGCCUUGAUGGGUUCUGUGCUCAAGCACCAAGUCUACGCCAAUGUCAGCAGAUGGUAUGCUCUCCUUGCCAGCGACUCCCGUUUUGAAUCCCAAGUUGAAUUCAUGACCAAGUCUGUCAAUGAAUUGCGUAAAGCCGCCAAGUCAGCCCAAAACGGUGGUAAGAAAGAAACCCACAAGGCUAACUUUGACAUUGAAUUGCCAGACGCGCAAAUGGGUAAGGUUGUCACCAGAUUCCCACCUGAACCUUCUGGAUACUUGCACAUUGGACACGCCAAGGCUGCUAUCUUGAAUGAAUACUUUGCUCACAAUUACAAGGGUAAGUUGAUUAUCAGAUUUGAUGAUACCAAUCCAACCAAGGAAAAGGAAGAAUUCCAAGACUCCAUUGUCGAAGAUUUGGCCUUGUUGGGUGUCAAGGGUGAUGUUGUCUCUUACUCUUCCGACUACUUUGACAAAAUGUACGAAUUAGCCGUCAAGAUGAUUAAAGAUGGUAACGCUUACUGUGAUGACACUCAGUUGGAAAAGAUGAGAGAACAAAGAAUGGUGGGUGAACCAAGUGAACGUCGUAACCGUACCGUCGAAGAAAACUUGCAAAUCUUCACUGAAGAAAUGAAGAACGGUACCGAAGUCGGAUUAAAGAACUGUGUUCGUGCCAAGAUCGAUUACACCGCCUUGAACAAGACCUUGAGAGAUCCAGUCAUUUACAGAUGUAACUUGACUCCUCACCACCGUACCGGUGACAAAUGGAAGAUGUAUCCAACUUACGACUUCUGUGCCCCAGUCGUUGAUUCCAUCGAAGGAGUGACCCACGCCCUUAGAACCAACGAAUACCGUGACCGUAACGCCCAAUACGAAUGGAUCAUCAAUGCACUCGGUUUGCGUCCAGUCCACAUUUGGGAUUUCGCCAGAGUUAACUUUGUCAGAACUUUAUUGUCCAAGAGAAAGCUUCAAUGGUUUGUCGACAAACAAUACGUUUCCAACUGGGACGAUCCACGUUUCCCUACCGUCAGAGGUGUCAGAAGAAGAGGUAUGACUGUUGAAGGUUUACGUAACUUUAUUAUUGCCCAAGGUCCAUCGAGAAACAUCAUCAACUUGGACUGGUCAGUUAUCUGGGCUUUGAACAAGAAGGUUAUUGAUCCAGUUGCCCCUAGAUUCACUGCUGUUGAAGCUGAAAACGCCGUUGUUGUCAACUUGGACGGUCCUGCUGAACCAUACACUGAAACCAAACCAAAGCACAAGAAGAACCCUGAUGUUGGUACCAAGCCAGUUGUCUAUGCCAAUAAGGUCUUGAUUGACCAAACUGAUGCUAAGGAAUUGGCUGAUAAUGAAGAAGUCACCUUUAUGGACUGGGGUAAUGUUAUCGUCACCAAGGUUCACAAGAACACUGAAGGUGUUGUCACUUCUGUUGAUGCUAAGUUACACUUGGAAGGUGAUUUCCGUAAGACUUCUAAGAAGUUGACCUGGUUGGCUGAUACUGACGACAAGGUUGAAGUUGAUUUAGUUGAUUUUGACCAUUUAAUCACCAAGGACAAAUUAGAAGAAGGUGACGAUUUCGAAAACUUUAUUACUCCAGAAACUGAAUUCCACACCAAGGCCGUUGCUGAUUUGAAUGUUGGUAAAUUGAAGGUGGGUGAUGUUAUUCAAUUUGAAAGAAAGGGUUAUUAUAGAGUUGAUCGUGCUUAUGAACAAGGUAAGCCAGUUGUAUUAUUUACUAUUCCAGAUGGUAAAACUGUUUCUAAAUAUGGUGCCAAGAAGUAAGUAUAUUUUUUUUUAUUAACAGAGAAAUUUAUAUAUAUAUAACAGAGUCUAAUAUUUUGUCUUCCAUUUACUGGUGAAUUGAACCACAUUGGGAUCGUAC